GAAAAGCAGAAUGGACGAGAUGGGUACAAACUCCAACGAAGCAAAGAAAAACAACUUUAGCGCAAUAAACAUCCAGUCAAGAAGGAAGUGAUGCCAUAAAUCCUAUGACAGUGGAUGCCAAUAGGGACCUCUCAGUUCAUUCCCCUACACAGGACACAGAGAUGGAAGUCCAUCCCAUCACCACAGUGUCGCCGAUAAACAUACCCAACCAUCGGCCUGUCCUCAAGGGCCUGCUGCUCAGAGAGCACCUGCUCAUAAGGGACUUCCAGGGAGACCAGCACUUCUUUAGGGAGGAUGGAUCUGUGGCUGCUCAUCCCACUAUGCCGGGUUCGGCGUCUUUUCCGGACGUUGGAGACCCCACCACACAACUGGUACCACAUGAGGAAGCCCCAGCCUUUUCGGACAUCGCCACUACAGCCACUGUGGCUGCCACCACCCCGCUGACCACAUUAGCUCACACAACUCCCAGGCUGCCUGUGUCUGUACCACAGCAAAAGUCCUCCAAGGAUAAGAGCAGGUGGACAGAGAAGGUAGUGGCAACAACGGAUUCACUGACCACUCUUAAGACACAGACUAAAAGUACGACCAUCAGCGAUGCCUACCGCACUCCAAUUGCCUCCCACAGAAGCAAGUCACUUGGUCAGGGGCCUGUUCCCAUUGACACCGCCUUUGCACCCACAUCGGUGAGAGUGGAAGAAGGAGAAGUUUGGGAGGGUAAAAUCUUUAAAAAUAAAACGAGCCCCGGCCAUGAACUUAGCAAAGUAAUCCCAGUACCUCAAGAAGAAAUGGAUGAAGGGAUCGCCACAACUUCUACCACUACUAUCACAACCACCACCAUUACCACAAUGCAAACAUCAGGGCCUUGUAGUCUGAAUUUCACUGACCCUGAGGGUAACAUCGAAAUCCUGCAGCAACCUGAUUCUGGUGUGGAGUGCAACUACUUGGUGACUGUCUACCUGGGCUAUGGGAUUGAAGUUCAGGUGCUGAACGUGAGUGUGUUGGACGGUGAACAGGUGACGUUGGAGGACACGGGAGGACGAGAACCAUCCAUCCUCGCCAAUGAGUCGGUUCUGAUAAGGGGCCUGAUUCUACGCAGCUGGAGCAACCAGAUUUCCAUCCGCUUUCGCAGCGACCAUCAGCCUUUCUCCGGAUCACUCCGGCUGCAUUACCAAGCCUUUGUGCUGAGCUGUUCUUUCCCUAAGGAGCCGGCUGGUGGAGAGGUGUCUGUGACUCACCUCCAUGCUGGAGGAGAGGCCUACUUCCACUGUUUCACCGGAUACAAGUUGCAGGGCCCCAAGAUGCUAACAUGUCGCAACGCUACCACGCCUUACUGGAGCGGCAAGGAGCCCAGAUGUUUGGCGUCCUGCGGCGGAAUGAUUAAAAAUGCCACCUAUGGUCGAAUUGUCUCUCCCGGUUUCCCUGGCAACUACAGCAACAAUUUGACAUGUCAUUGGGUCCUGGAGGCUCCCGAGGGCCACCGGCUCCACGUUCACUUUGAGAAGGUGGCUUUGGCAGAGGACGAUGACAGGCUGCUGAUUAAGAACGGGAACAACAUUGACUCUCCGCCUGUGUACGACUCUUACGAGGUGGAGUACUUGCCCAAUGAGGGUGUGCUCAGCACGGGUCGCUACCUCUUUGUAGAGUUCACCACAGACGGGACGGUCACCUCCACUGGUGCGGCCAUCAGAUACGAAGCUUUUGCCAAAGGGGCGUGCUAUGAGCCUUUUGUGAAGUACGGCAACUUCAGUAGCAGCGACUCUACCAACAGUUUGGGCACCAUGGUGGAGUUCUCCUGUGACCCAGGCUACACACUGGAGCAAGGCUCUGUCGUGAUCGAGUGUGUCGAUGCACAGGACCCCCAGUGGAAUGAGACUGAGCCAGCCUGCAGGGCUGUGUGCAGCGGCGAGAUCACAGAUUCUGCUGGGGUGGUGCUGUCUCCCAAUUGGCCUGAGGCCUAUGACAAAGGGCAGGACUGCAUCUGGGGCAUCCACGUGGAGGAGGACAAGAGGAUCAUGCUAGACAUCCAAGUUCUCCAUGUGGGUAAGAAUGAUCUUCUGACCUUCUAUGAUGGUGACGAUCUGACGGCCAACAUCCUGGGCCAAUACAGCGGCACAAAGCCCCACUUCAAGCUGUUCACCUCCAUGGCUGAUGUCACCAUCCAGUUUCAGUCAGAUCCUGCCACCAACAUCUACGGUUACAACAAUGGUUUCGUGGUCCAUUUUUUUGAAGUGCCGAGGAAUGACACCUGCUCAGAGCUGCCAGAGAUUACCAAUGGAUGGAAGAGCACGUCCCAUCCUGACCUCAUCCACGGUACGGUGGUCACUUACCAGUGCUACCCAGGGUAUGAACUGGUGGGCUCUGAGAUCCUCAUGUGCCAGUGGGACCUUACUUGGAGUGGAGAUGUACCUAGAUGUGAGGAAGUUAUGACAUGUCAGGAUCCAGGGAGUGUGGAGCACAGCCGCAAGGUGAUCACAAACAGCCGCUUCACAGUUGGAUCCACGGUGCAGUACAUCUGUAAUAAAGGCUAUAUUCUGUCUGGGAGUAACCUGCUCACCUGCUACAACCGAGAUUCAGCCACUCCCAAAUGGAGCGAGAGGCUGCCAAAGUGUGUCCCUGAGAAGUAUGAGCCAUGCAGGAACCCUGGUGCUCCAUCCACAAGUAUGCAGAGCUCUGAAAAGGCCUUCUACCAAGCAGGGGAGUUGCUCACCUUCUCCUGCCACGCAGGCUACGAGCUACAAGGGGAACCCACCAUCCACUGUGUCCCUGGACACCCGUCUCAGUGGAAUAGCACACCCCCUGCUUGCAAAGAAUCGUCAGCCAAAUAUGUGAGCGAGCGCAGGCUAGAUGUUGUUAAUUCAGAAUACAGCAUGGAGGGAACCAAUGUAGCCCUUGCUGUUUUCAUUCCACUUACAGUCAUCUUGGUAGUUGUCCUUGGAAUUUACAUCUACUUUGCAAAACUUCAAGGCAAAUCUAUCAGAAUGCCAUCAUCUUUGCCACCUUAUGACAACAUGACAGAGGAGUCAGCUUUUGACAACCCCAUUUAUGAGAGUGGAGUAAGUACGGACGUCAUGAAUCUGCAAGAUGUGGAUUCACAGAACACAAGUGUGCUGUCCUGA